AUGGUAUCUCGUGACAGAGUAUGUCUCAAAUUCUCCCUAUCAAAGUGCGAUAACGGCAAAUCACCUCUGCGACUUAGACCACUUGAUUUUCCCAAUGAUUAUCACGAACAUUUCUUCCCUGAUCCUGAUACAUGCAAUGAAUAUUUUAUAUGCCAAUAUGGAGAUCAUGCUCAGAACUUAACUUGCCCCGAUGACCUCUUGUUCAAUCCCAACACGUUGCAGUGUGAUUUCUCCUACAACGUCGACUGUCGUGAUGCAUCUGUGGAGAAACUAGAGAAAAAUCACUGUGCUGAGCAUAGUGCUGAUCGUCACUACUGCUCCAAGUACUAUUUCUGCUUCGAUGAUCGACAGCGUGAGUUCAGCUGCCCUGAAGGCUUCCACUUUGACCCUCUGAAUAACUUCUGCACCACACCUGAUAAGGCCGGAUGCCGUGCUACACCUGAUUGUCCAGCGGAAGGCUUCCACGUCUUACCUCAUGCCGUUGACUGUCGCAAGUACUUCUUCUGCGUGAACGGAUUUCCUCAUGUGCAGUCCUGUGGUCCGGAACUUCUCUUCGACUACAAAGCGUCAGAGUGCCGCGUUGCUGACGGAGGUGUGUGCUUCCACCAUUGAGAUAUCCAUCGAGUCACUUACGAUCGCGGUUCAUUGACGCUUGCGCGGAAAAUUGGAGUAGACACUGAGCAGAAUGUGAUAAUGGUUUGCAAUAGUGUAGAAUUGAAAUAAAUGUAUCAAGCCAAAUGAGCGUCUUUCCUGCCAGAAUGUUAAAAUAUACGUGAUUG